AUGCCGGACGGUCCCGGCGUCGCGGAUGUGCGAGACGCCGUCGAGGCGGUGGCGCCGCGUGAGACCACGGCGCGGCGUGCGCUCCAUCGCGCGCACGGGGCCUGGAUGGGUGGGAUGACGACGCGGACGACGACCUGGGUGAAUUCGAGCGGUGCGUCGAGGGCGUACGUCGCGCACAGCGCGAGUGAGGGUACGGCGACGAUGCGGUUCGCCAAGGAUGUGUUCGCGGGGACGUGCGGGGGGAUCACGGUGACGCUUCUGGGACACCCGUUCGACACGGUGAAGGUGCUGCUGCAGACGCAGAGCAGUAAGAAUCCGGUGUACAGCGGCGCGGUGGACGCGGCGUCCAAGGUGAUCAAGCAAGAGGGGUUUAAGGGGUUGUACCGUGGUGUGACGUCACCGUUGGCGGGACAGAUGUUCUUCCGAGCGACGCUGUUCUUUUCCUACGCGCGGGCGAAGGAGUUCGUCGGGGUGUCGCCGGAUGACCCGCUGAGCUACGCGAAGGCGGGCGCGAUGGCGUGGAUGGCUGGAACGUUCUUCGAGUCCCCGAUCGAUUUGUACAAGUCGCAGUGGCAGUGUCAGCUCAUCAAGGCGAAGGCUGAUCCCAAGUACGUUUCGCCGUACAAUAGCGUGGUGGACGUCGUGAAGGAGUCGAUUAAGCACAACGGCAUUCGCGGGCCGUAUCAAGCGUUCGGCGCGACGCUGACGCGGAACCUCCCGGCGGGGGCGGUGUACUUCGGCGUGUUCGAGAACGUGAAGAAUCAGUUUGCCGCGAUGAACGCCGAUGGGAAGGCCACGAACGCUCAGAUUGUUCUAUCGGGCGGCAUUGGCGGAUUCUUUUACUGGUCGCUCUUCUAUCCCAUCGACGUCGUCAAGAGCGCGUUGAUGACGGAUGCGGUGAACCCAGCGCAGCGCAAGUUUAGCGGCUUCUUCGAUGCCGCAGGCAAGUUAUACGCCUCCGGCGGUGUUCGAGCCUUCUACAGAGGUCUCGUUCCGUGUCUCCUGCGCGCGUCUCCGGCCAACGCCGGCAUGCUCUUCACCGUGGACUACGUUCGACGAUUGAUAGACUAG